AUGGUGGUGGUGGUGCCCGCCGCCGGCGCCCGAGCUGGCCCUGGCCCCGGCCCCAUUGGGGGCGGUGGCGCGGGCGCGGAGUCUGUGCCCUGUGACGUCGCCUCCACCGCCGCCGCCUCCUCCUCCUCAGCCUCCGCCGCCGUCUCCUGGCCUAGCAGGCCCACGAGUAAGAAGAGCGCGGCCAGCGGGCGCGCCAGCAGCCAGAAGGCGUUGCGGAGUCGCCGCCGCCGCAUGCUCCUUGCUUGCCUCAGCAGCGACUCUCACUGCCAAGCGCUGCCAAGCCUGCCACCACACUGGCCCCGCGCCGCCGCGCGCCGCCUCGCCGGCCACUGGCAUGCGCCUCGCUGCUGCGGCGGCGGCGGCUGGGGCGGGGCGGUAUCGGCGAGGCCAGCCUUGGACGGCGGCGCGCGGACGGCGUCGCCUUCGCUUCGCCUUCGCCACGUCGUCACGGCGCGGGAAGUUGCCGCUGUGCCUGGCCCGCUGGGAUGCGCUUUCCCCUCCCCGCCCUCCGCGCCCUCCCCGCCCGGCCCGGGGGCCGGCGCGCUGCUUUCGGGGAGGUCUCUUAUUGUGAUUGUGGCUUGGCGUUGGCAGGCGGAGCUGGUGCACCUGCGCGCGGAGGUGGUGGAGGCGAAGGCGACGCGCGCCUCGCUGGAGCAGGAGCUGCACACGCUGCUGCUACAGCUGCACGCGUCGCAGCUGCAGCACACAGCGGGGGCGGGGCCCGCGCUGGAGCCGCAGGCCGAACGCAUCCGCCGCCGUCUGGAGAAGGAGCUGCAGCGCUCGCCCGCGCGCCAGCCGCAGCGCAAUAAGGAAGACGGUCUACAGCUGGGCAUGAUAGAAGUAGCAUCUUUGCGAAGUGAAGUAAUGCAACUGCAAAGGGAGAACUCAGCAUUGCGUAACUCUCUCCUUGCAUUACAUAGUGAACUGUAUGGUGCUAAACUUGCUGCAAAAUAUUUGGACAAAGAAUUGGCAGGAAGGAUCCAGCAGCUGCAGUUGCUGGGGCGGGAGAUGCGCGGCGAAGUGCGAGACAAGCUGUGGCGACAGCUCGAAGCGGAAAUCCUCCUCCACCGGCACAAGACGGUCAUUCGAGCUUGUCGCAGCCGCUCCAACACGGGCCCCGCGCCCCCGGAGCCGGAGCCGGCCGCCGCCCCCGCCAGCAGGGGCCCUCAAGGAGUCGGGGCGCCGCGGAUCAUCACUGUGCAGCGCGAAGCAGGAGAAGGGCUCGGGAUAUCUAUUACUGGUGGUCGAGAGCAUGGAGUUCCAAUUCUUAUUUCGGAACUUGAACCUGAUGGCCCUGCAGCUAGGAGUGGAGCUCUCUAUGUAGGAGAUGCAAUUCUCACUGUUAAUGGAAUUGACUUGAAGCAGGCUUGUCAUCAAGAAGCAGUGGAAAUCUUAUCCACUCAGAUUGGAAACAUCACAUUAGAGGUGCAAUAUGUUGCUGCAGAAGAUAGUGAUGAAGAGAAUUCGUUAGGUGAAGAUUUGUAUGGGUUCAAGAAUUCAUCUGAUUGCAGCUUACCUGACAGUCCUACUCCUGCUUCUGCCAGCAAUGUGCCAACAGAAAGGCAGAGCCAGCAGGAUUCCUCCAAUCACCCGUCCUCUGCUUCCGCCCAGAGAUCAACAGUAAGCUGUUCCACCAACUCCUUGAGCUAUCAGUCUGAUGCUAACGGCUCCACUGCUCUCACUGAACAGUCUCCGUAUUCACCUAUGCACAUCUCCACUGAUGGAGGACAAACAUCAAAUUCUGAAGAAUCAUUAUUGAAAAGCCCCACUCCUAAAAGCCCAUUGAAAGAACAAUCUAAUAAAGUGUAUUAUGAUAGUACUGAAACCAGCAUAUCAGUUCCUUCCACACCAAAUAACAACAAAGGAAUUGUCUGUGAUAAUGAAGAUAAAAAUAAUCAAAAAACAUCACGAAAUAUUGGUAUUUCAACAUUGCAGCAGAUAUUUGGAAAGUCAAGCUCUACUUCUUCAGUAUCGGACUUACGGAGUCAGAGUUCUGAUGCGGGGGAUGAACCUGUGAACAACAAUAAUCCACCAUUAAUAAAAUCUAUGGAAGAAUUGCAGGUUGAAAAUGAUGUUUAUGAAAAACCUCUGAACAAAAAUGAGUGGAAUAAUAUGAAAGCUGAUAAAAGAAAAAUGGAAAAAUCACCCAGCAUUAAAUUUGAAGAAAAAUCACUUCUGGAUAAUCACCAAACAGGUGAAGAAUCACCAAAAACAUCCACUCCUAAAGAGAGAGUUAUUGUGAAAAAUGAAAUAGAAGUUACUGAGUCUCCAAAUGUAACAAAAGCAAAUGUUGUGAAAUCUGUCCAUCAUAAGGAAGCUUCGAAACAAAAUGGUGCAGAAAUAAAGCCAGUGCCUGAAAACAAGAAAGGUAGCAGAAGCAGUCAUCACUAUGGGUUGCGAUUAACUGACAAAGGCCACCGAAGUGGGAGAGCACAACGUCUUGUUCACAGCAGUAGUACUGGCAGUAGUUUUGAUGAUGAACAAACAGGAGGUGCUCGCAAAUCCUCUAGCUCUCGGCGCAGAGAAACCCCUACAGUUUUAGCAGUAGGCAAUAGUCCUACUCACUCUGUACAACAUAUGAAAAUAAUCAAUCAAGAUAGAUUGUUGGACGGUUUUGGUGAUCCUGAUUUUGGCACUCCUGUCUGAAAAAUGUAAACCUUACUUUCUGUUAUCACUAGAAAUUAUGCAUUUAGUGCACAUUUCUUCUGGCAUUCAUCCUUAUAUGAUGGCUGGUGACAUGUUGAGAAGGUUGUGGGACUCAUAACUUCUGUCUUGUAACAUUAUUUCCAGUUGGAAACAAAGAAAGUGCUGUAGUAACUGAUUUGCUAUAUUGUCAGAUAUUUUCUGUGAUGUAUUUUUUCAUUGCAGUGCUCCGAAAAGCUUGUUAUAUUUUUGAAUCAUAUUUGCUAUCAAAAAGAACUUAUUUUAUAGGAAAAUAUAGGGAAAUAUUUAUUGCUAUUCCAGAAUAGCAUUUUCCAUUUUUUUAAAAGCUAAACUUAUAUGCAUACAUUAUUGGCACCAUUAAAUAUCGAUAGGAACUUUUUUUAAUAUUCUGUCUGUAAGUAAAUGUUGCUAAUUCUUUGUAAUGUUUGUGUCUCACCAGCAUUUAAAUCCAAAGACGUGAUUAAUGUAAUGACCAAAUUAGAUAUAAUUUCUUUAAAUCUUUACUGUAGGUAUAUUGUACAAUUUUUUUGUUAUAUUUAUUUAUAUUAUUUGGAUUAUAAUUUUUUUCUUCUUCAAGAGUUGUUUAUUUUUAUUCAAAUAACUUUAUUGUCUAUUUUGUGUUCUUGCAUAAAAGAACUUCCAGUAGUCCACUAUUAGUGUGAUGAAUGCAUCAUAUCAUGUCAUAUUAAAUAGUUUAAACUCUUCUAUAUGCUGUCUUACUCCUCUUUCCAGAAGGAAACAAGAAAUAAUGUAAUAAUUUAUUGUACCAAUUGUAUUAUAUGAAUUUUAAUUUUUUAUUACUGUGAAUACUUGUAUUUUUCAUCAAGUUGAUGGUUGUGUAAUAUUCUAUCUGCUUGGAAGUAAUUGUACCAAUCAUUAAAUGUUUUGGUAUGUACUCAGUCCUUUUGUAAGUUCCUGUUCUGUAGUUUAGUCAUUGGGAAAAUGUUAUUGAGAAUGUUCAGCACAAGUCAGCAUGUAGGAGUGGUAUAUUUUUGAGUGCUGAAUAUCAUGCAACAAAAACCCAUAUUAUGUUGAUUCUAAAAUCCAGUAUUGUAAAAUUUUAAAUAGAACUGGUAAUUUCAUGUUUAUUCUGGUGUGUUGACUUCAUAAUGUUGGAGAAGAGAUGUGGGUGCAUGGUUGUAAAUAAUAUAUUUUAUUAAUCUCUUUUAAAGAUUGUUACAGGGUUUCUUUCUCUUUAUCUUAGUAUUGGUAAUUACAUAAACAAAUUCUGUGUACUAUUUUCAAAUGUAAUUGAAAGAGUAGAAUAAAAUUGUGAUGUUUUUGUAAAUAGGUUAAACCAUUUGAAAGGAAGAUAUUAAAUUGGCUUUGAAAACAUGCUCUUAAAAAGCACUCUGUAAAUUUCUCUGCAUUACUUCAAAAAUUGCAGGAAUGAAAAUUGGAAGCCGACAAUAAUAUAUUUAAUACUGCUAGUUAUGUUAAUAAAUGAAUACAAUGCCAUUGGGAAGAUAUGGUCUUAUGUACAAAACACAUUCAUUAUUUAUUUGAACUAAUGUAAAACUUAUAACAUUCUUAGUAUAUAUUUUCUUCUUUGACCUUGAUUUUAAAUACGUUCUGUUGUAUAUAUUUUUAAACAAAUUGUGAACAAAAAUGGUUUUAUUGAUGAUCAAUUUACUUGUGAUAUUGCUGUGUGAUGGUUAAUUUACAUUUAUAAAUCUCUGGAGCAGAAAGCAGAAAAUUGUCGAAGUAUUGUCAGUAAUUAUUUAUGGCCAAAUAAUUACUUAAUUAUUUUAUUUUGUUAAUAUGAAAUUAUGAAAUUUCAAAUUAAUUAAAUCUAAUGCUCAUGCAUCAUUUCAUUGUAUUUCAACUUUAAAGUGGGGGCAAAAUGCUUGUCCUCAAAUGACACUGAUGGAAUUCUGCCAUGUGUACUGUACAUUUAUUCAUAUAAAACUAAAUUGUGCUGUUUUCAAUCAUGCAAAAAAUAUUUUUAAACUAUUAACUACCUUUGUUUAUUGAGUAUGAAAGUUUUUUAAAUAACUUUAAUAGUUGAGUAUUGAAGUUUAUUCUUUUAAAUAACAGAAUUUUGUGUGUGAGGCAAUGUUUGUUUGUUUUUUUUCUCUCCCACAACUGUUAGAGGAUAGCCAAUUAUGAGAUCUGUGAGGCCUUCCAAAUUAUAAUAAGAUUUUUUUUUUUUUUCUUAAAAUUGACAUGGUAUGUAUUAUAAAUGCAUUUACAGUGCUCAUAUUGAAUUAUCUUGUAAAAUGAAACCUAUAUCAUUUUUGGUUUCACUUGGAGACAUACUUCAAUAUAAAUUCUUUUUAAGUAAGGUAUAUACAACCCUUUUUCUUUAUUGGCUAGAUUACAGUUGUACAAUCUACAUAAAUAAGAAUGGAAAGGUAGCGUUCACAUAUUUAUUCUUAUUAACAUAUUACUUACAACGUUUCAACUACUUAUUUAUGUUGUCAUCUUAGAUACUGCCAAGAUAAGACAUUCCAAUAGACAAAACUUUUUGGCACAUUUAAUUGUUUGCUCAGUAAUUUUUCAGAACAUGGAAGUUGACUGAUACAGCAGUGAUUUAAUUUGUUUUCAAGAUAACAUUUAAUCGCAUACCAUAUUGAAAAUAGAACGUGUGCCUUUUCCAGUUGAUAACUUUAUCCGCAAGCAAGAAACUUUUUUUGUUACAACUAUAUUGAAUUGUACGCACAGCAUAAAAUCAACAUUCUUCUAUACUACCAUCAAGGAAUGACUGAUAAAUAAAUUGUUCAAUGCAUGAUUAGUGGAUCAUUAUUUACUGCAAAGAGUUUUGCUGCACACUGGUCUUCAAAGUUAAUUAUAUUGUUAUAGGAUCAUUUAAGUUUUCAAUGUAAAACUAGAAUUUUCUUUUGUUCUUAUCACAUUAUUGUCAGUGUCAUUUUUGAGGACAGCACCAUUUAAUCCUUUUCUCUGGAAUCAGUCUAUAAAAUGUAUUCCUUUAAAAAAUUUACUCAGAUCACUGUUGAUAGUAAAAUAUACUAUCUUCCAAGGUUUUGAUAUAUCAGCAAAUUUUAAAUUUCAACUGUAACAAGGCUUCAUGGUUGAGUUUUAAUACUUGUUAAUUAAAAUUAAGAAUUUCCUACAUUAUUCAAGUCAAAAUGAAUCUCACAUAAGCAUGGGUCUAUCUGUAUUUAUUACUAUAAAGUAUUCCUUCAAAAACAAAAAAAAUUAUAAAUUUGGUGCCUCCAAAUGAGGAGUCAUUAGUGGAGAAAUAAGAAAUCAUUUUUGACUGUAGUAAAAGUUAUUUGUUUUAUACAGUUAUAAGAUGGUAUAUUUACUAUUAGUGUAGAUUUUGGGUUAAACAUUGAACAACUUGUUAAUAAGAAAUGUACCUGCAGAUUGUAAAGAAAAUUUUGUAUUUUCAAGGCCAAUAUAGUUCAGUCAUUGUUUUGUGAUUGCAUAAAAUUUUUCUUCGUGGUAGUAAUUAUCUUAAAUCACCAUACAAAGUUUGUGGUAAUUUAUGUAUUUUCCUGGGUUAUUAGUCUUUUAAAAUAUUUAUUCAUACAUAUAUGUACGUAUUAGACUUUAGUUAAAGGGGAAGUAGUGCCAGAAGAAGUAUGUAUUUUAUAAAGCUGAUCUAUAAUACAAAUCUUUUGCUUACAAAACCAUAAAUAAAAACAUAUAUAGCUCAAAUAUUAGGCUCAAUUUCUUUGUAUUAUAGUCUGUAUAAUAUAUCACAUGUAUUUUUGUCCUUCAUUCACUUCCAUUUCUCAAUUAUAGGUAAAUUUUGCUGAUGACAUAGUAAAAAUGGGAACAUAUAAUAUGUAUUGUUUUGUAUGUAAAAACAAUACUUACAUUAUUGAUUUAUUAAUACAUUUUUUGAGCGCAAUAUAAAUAUUUACAAUUGGCCAUGACUGUGAAUAGUAUUGCACAAGCAUUUAUUAGAGAUGAAUAACAUAUAUUGCAAUAAAAAGGAUAUUAUUUAAUUAUCCAAAAACUUCUUUACUGAAAAUGGUAAUUGUAUUGAUCUUUAUCCUAGUCAAUCUUUUUAUUCCUAUCCUUUUCAUAUUGUGUACUAAUUUUCACUAGGGAAUUUUCGUUUUCUUGAAACAUAUUAUGAUUUGUUGAAGAAAAAAUCAUUGUUGUAAGAAUUUUUAACAAGCAUUGUUUACAGAUAACACAUUUCCAAAAAGUAUCAAUUAUAUUCUAAUCAGUAAUUUUCAAAUUGAAUUGUGAUGAUAAACUGACAUCAUACUGUUUCAGGGUUUGGGAUGGUGUUUCAUUUCAUACAUAUUAAUAUAAGUCACUGGGUCACGUUAACAUGAUUUCUAGAUCAAAUUAUAUUUGUUCAUUGUCCAGAGUUGAUCAUUCAAAUACCUUGAUUGUCAGUAUGUCAUAACUCAUUUCAAUAGUUUUGUUGUUAUUGUGCUAUACUUAUAUAUUAUUCAACUAGUGUAUAUUGUUGAGCUUUAUUGCAUAAGUGAAUGUUCUGAAAAUAAGUGAGUUGAUUACAAAUUUGUACUAAUGUAAUAAAGCAAUAUUAUAAACAAGCACAACAUUUGUACAGCAGCAUUAUAAAUUUAUAAAAAAAUUGGUGUUAAUUUUGGAAACAAACCUCAUAAGCAAAAUUUUACAGUUGGCAACAUGGUUGUUAGUGUUAUUGUCAUAUGCACUUACAAUUCAUCGUCACCUCUCCAUGAUUGGCUUGCUACAAUUUGCUGUAUGUCUGAGGAGCAAUUAAUCAUGCCAUAAAGCAUGUCAUAAUCUGUGCAAUAAAAUGCUAUAUUAUGAACAAUUUCUAGUGUUGAAAAAUCUUGUUUAUAAUGCUGGUACACACCAAAAACAAUAUUAUAUAUUCACUGAACUUUAAAGCUCAAUAGACUGUUUAUCAUUCUAUAAACUCAUCAACUGAUGCUUUAUUUCUUAAUGUACCUACACCUUUAAGGACAAUUUCACUGACUUAAGCUAAAAAUGUCUUGCAAGGAUAAAUUAAUUAACGGUUUCUAAACUUCAUUUAGGCUUUGAAUGCUGGGUUGGAAGCUAAUUUAUUUCUAAUUUUGAAAGUUAAAUACAGUUUUCUUUAUUGCAGUAUUGUUAUGUUUUCUUUGAUAUUAUUAGUCUUCAAUGAUAUUAAGCUUUGAUGUUUCAGAACCAUGAAUAGAAAAAGAAAUGUUCUAGAAUUCAACUAUAAUAUUGAUGAAUUGAGUAACAAAUACCAGCAACACUAAUGUCAACUAUAAUACUUCUCUCCACUUAUAUUUUUAAUUAUAACUUUGGAAAUUAUCAACAUUAGAACUUUUGCAUUAAUCUACAGCUGUUCUUGGUUGGAGGUCUGUUACACUCUGCCUCUGGUUCCAAAAAACAUUAAUUUUUCAACUUUACUAACUCUUAUAUCAUUUGAAUCAUUUUUGUAUUCGUUGCAAUAUGUUUAUGUAUGGCAUUAUAAUUGGAGUUUGGAGCAAUUUGCUCUAAACUACAAAGUAAACUCUCAAAAAAAUGAGAAAUAUAGAUUGUUAUGGUGUAAAAAUCAAAAAAGCUUAUUGCAAGCUUUAUUGCUUUUAAAAGGUGUUUCAAAUAAAAAGGGAUAGGGAGUGAGUAUUUCCCUUCUGCUGCAAAUGUACAUUAGAGGCUAGUCUAAUUUAUAAAGAAUAUAUACAAUACAUGUAUAGGUUUUAAAAGUGUGGAAUCUGGACAUUAGCCAUUACUAUUUACUUUAAGUUCUUUUAUUGAAGUUUGAG